AUGAAUGACCGCAUCGUGUCCAGCUGCUACCAUGGGGCUCGCAACGGUGAGAUUCAGGUUGAGGGGUUCCCCGACUUUGAUCCGUUGCUUCAGGAAAUGAAGGCUCAAACUCAAGAGGUAACACAGGCCUCAGGGGACUACAAAGUCACUGCGUGCUUGCCAAGUGGGGCGCUCGUUGUGAAGCCUGGCUUCUUCGAGCAGUUCAAGGGUCAAGCUGGCUUUCAAGAGCUGGUUGACAAUCAUGACUCAAGGUACAACAAGGACAAGAUCUCCUUGGUCGAGCAAACGUCCUCUGUUGCAGACAAGAAAUUGACAGAGAUGGUCCGCAAGUCUGAGGAUGGACCAAUUCCACCCGAGCGGAUUGCAACGUUGCCCAGUCCGGAUACUUUGCAGAUCAACAGCCAGAUAUCACUGAUCAUUGACACAGAUCAUGAAGCUGCCUUCUUCAAGGCCGACACUUCGGAGGAGGCAAUACUUCCGGAUCGAAGAGAAUUGUUCUCUUUUGGUGGGGGAAGUUGGUUUGAUGGGGCUGAUGCCAAAGAGAUUUUGGAUACCCGACGUGGGAAGUACUUGCGCUGUGCCCUCACUGUGACGAGCCUUGUCAUUUUGGAGUCAAAGCGGUUGCCUGCGCAUCUGGCGUCAUUGAACUGCAUUGAAAAGCCCGUGGAGCUUCAAAGCUUGUUGCGGUCCCUUGAAGAUGCUGGCGAGGCUUGUUGCUCAUGA